AUGGCUUCUACGCCAGAGCAAGUUGUUUGCACUCCAACUUUUGUUUUUCCUACAGCAUUUCCAGUUAAUGGUUUUCAACUGUGGAAAGAUGAGCAAAAAGGUAAUAUAUUUCUUACAGAUGUUUUGACGAUCUGCAACAGUUCUACCCCUUGGGAUUAUAGAGGUUUUGAUCCUCGCUCACAUUUAGCCAAUUUUCAUGUUGCUGCAGCUGCUAGCCAGUCUCAACCGUUACAGCAUCCUGAAGAUUCUAAACAAAAAGGAGUGAACAGAGUGGGUAGUUUAAAGAAUCAUCUAAUUAACCAGAAUGAUUUCUCGACGGCUAGAAAUUUAUUAGUAGCUGCUGCAUCGGCACCACCAGCAUUUCCAGGGAUUGAUUCUGGGUUAAAAAUACCCAAUCCUAAUUUAGACAAACAAAAUCAACCUCAACCUCCUCCACAGCAACAGCAGCAACAACCUUCACAGCAGCAGCAGCAGCAACAACAACAGCAGCAGCAGCAACAACAACAGCAACCUCCACCACCUCAUCCCCAACAGCACCAACACCAGGCUCAUGAUGACCAGCAACAGCCAAAUCAGCUAGGUGAAAAAGAGCGUUCAUGGCCCUGCCCAUCUUGCAAAGUUCCCUUCAAACAGGCUUCUGAACUGCAGGCCCAUUUGUCCGCUCAUACUAAGGGUGAGAAAACGGUGCCAUGCGAUAUUUGUGGCAAAUAUUUUGCCUCUGGGGACCGAGUCCGCAUUCACGUCAAGGCUGCCCAUGGUGAAAAAUCUUGCUCUUGUGAAAUCUGUGGAAGUGGAUUCAGUUAUCGCUGCAAGCUCCUGGAUCACAUGAGGACCCAUACAGGUGACAAACCUUUCCAUUGUGAGGUGUGUGGGAAAAGCUUUUCUCAAAAGAACCAUCUUACUCGGCACAACAUGAUUCAUACUGGUGAACGUCCAUAUCCUUGUGAUUUUUGUGGUAGGGGAUUCUAUAGGAAGGAUAAGUUAACAAGACAUCGAAGGAUCCAUACAGGUGAAAGAGUUAAUAGUCAACCUAGGAGACGCGGUGGUGGACACUUUAAUUCUAAAAUGUCUCCUGCCGGUGCUCGUCAUCCUAGAGCAGGUGGUACCUUAGGGCAUACUGCUGGAACUUCAGGCCAAAAUACUAAUGGUCCUACGAAUGGCCCUCUCAAUGCUAACAAUCCCAUCAAAAUGGAACCUCCUUUGCCUGAGCCCAUUCCCAGUACAACUACUAGUACAAGUUUGAGUUUUGCUCCUCCCACUCUUACGCCCACCAUCAGUCCUAGCCACUACAGAGCCUCCCCGUACAAGCCAGAGUGGCAGGGCCCGCCCUCUGGUGUUCACUAG